GCGUAUGUCUAUUUAAUGGAAAGCCUGUCGCCUACUCGCAUGGUCAGAUUCAAUUACUUGCCGUAUUUUCUCUCUUGCACUUCCUCCAAUUUUGUCUCGAGGUUUCUGCAAUCCUCGUCUCUGUUUUCUCUCGCAGCUACCGUCUCUUGCCAUCAAACUCGUCUAUUCGCCGCCGAUAAGCAUAAUAGCCUACUUAUGGAGCUCGUUAAUGCUGUCUCACUUCGAGGAUCCAAAUCUCCGGAGAGUAUUGCCAUAAGAGCUGAUAAAAAAUGUUACAGCUAUCAUCAGCUGAUCGUGUCGGCGAAGAGGAUUGCAAAUUUGUUGUUCAACGUUGAUUUAAAAGUUGGCAAUGGAGCUGGAAGAAAUAAACACCUUGAUGGAGCUAGGGUAGGAAUUGUGGCGAAACCUUCGCCCGAAUUUGUUGCUGGAAUUCUCGGGACAUGGUUUAGCGGGGGCGUUGCAGUCCCUCUCGCACUUAGCUACCCGGAAGCAGAGUUGCUGCACGUGAUUAAUGAUUCGGAUAUUUCUGUGAUUCUUUCGACUGAAGAGCAUCAAGAUCUUAUGAGAGAUGUUGCUCUUAAGACUUCUGCUCAUAUGACUCUUCUCCCCGCAGUUCGUGAUUUAAAUUCAAUGUCGACUGAAGAUCAGCAUAACGAUAGGAAUGGGGAUUCACACGACAAUGGAUGUUCUCAAGAAACCGAGAUUCUUGGUGGAAUAAGUGGGGAUGAUCCUGCAUUGAUUAUAUACACGAGCGGCACAACCGGGAAGCCAAAAGGAGUUGUGCACACACAUAAAGGUGUUUUAGCGCAGGCUCAAAUGCUGACAGAGGCCUGGGAAUACUCGUCCGCAGAUCGGUUCUUGCAUUGCCUGCCAUUACAUCAUGUGCACGGUCUUUAUAAUGCUCUCCUUGCUCCUCUUUAUGCGGGUUCAUCGGUUGAAUUCAUGCCAAAAUUCAGCGUGAGGGGAAUCUGGCAAAGAUGGCGAGAAUCCUACCCGAUCGAUGGAAAUAAAUCCGAUGAUGCUAUAUCUGUAUUCACAGGGGUUCCUACAAUGUAUACUCGUUUAAUUCAAGGAUACAGCGCUAUGGAUUCCGAAUCACAGUAUGCUUCUGCUGAAGCUGCUCGUCAGCUUCGACUCAUGAUGAGCGGCUCCUCGGCUCUUCCUCUUCCGGUUAUGCAACAGUGGGAAGCUAUUACGGGGCACAUUCUUUUGGAACGAUAUGGCAUGUCCGAGUUCAUCAUGGCUAUAUCAAAUCCGUUAAAAGGAAAGAGGAAGGGGGGCACAGUCGGCAAACCUCUUCCCGGUGUGGAGGCGAAAAUCCUUCCGGAAGAUGGUAACGGCGAUGGGAAUGCUGAGAUUGGUGAGCUUUGCAUUAGAAGCCCGUCGUUGUUUAGGGAAUAUUGGAAGCUUCCAGAGGUUACUAAGGAUUCAUUUAUCGACGGCGGAUUCUUCAAAACCGGAGAUGCUGUUAGAAUCGACGAAGAUGGAUACUAUGUCAUUUUGGGGCGUACUAAUGCUGAUAUCAUGAAGGUUGGCGGCUACAAAUUAUCCGCGCUAGAAAUCGAAGCAGUUCUUUUAGAGCAUCCGGCCAUUUCAGAAUGCUGCGUGUUGGGCUUACCGGACAAGGAUUAUGGGGAGGCCGUGACGGCUAUAGUUGUUCCCGACGAGGAGGUAAAAAGAAAACGGGACGAGGAGGUGAAGCCUGUCCUGACUCUUCUAGAACUUUCGACAUGGGCUAAAGAGAAGCUCGCCCCGUAUAAGAUUCCGACUCAGCUGUUGAUAUGGGAGUCGCUGCCUCGAAAUGCCAUGGGAAAGGUGAACAAAAAGGAUCUGAAGAGAAGGCUGACUGAAUGUAAGGUUUAGAAGGCAAGAGGAAAAGUGGGUGAGUGAGUCAGUCAGUCAGUCAUGUUUAUUUAAUUAUUUUAUUUAUUGAAUUGAAUAUUGAUAUAAUAUGAUAAUGAGGUUGAAGUAGCGUUGUAAUAAUGGUUUUUAAGGGCUUUGUCCGUAUGAGAGUUUUUUUUCCACGAUUUACUAUAAAA